GAGUGUGUGCGCGAGUGAGUCAAAGAAGGGAAAGGAAGGGAAGCUGGAGGAACUGGGAACGGCAGCAGCUACGCGCUCCAAGCCCACAACGCCCAGCUUGCCUCGUUUCUCUCUUUCAAAGGGAGCCUGGAUAGAGAACAGGAGCCCGAGCGCCUUCGGCCGCUGGCAACCUUUCUGGCCUCCAUUCAUUACCGAUGCAGGCGAAGAGCUCCAUGGGCUGAUUCCCUGGGAGACCAGCGGUACCAGCAGCAAGGCGGAGGCGCCUGCAACAGCUCGCCUAGGCCUCGGCUCCGGCCAGCGGCUUUCAUUGCAACCCUUCCAGGCCAUGUGUAGCUGAAGAAAAGUAGAGGAGAAGGAGUUGAAUCCUUUUACCUGCAGCGAAGGGGUGGAACUUUUGGCAACCAACACAGCUGAAAUUCCGCCAUUAUGAAUGAAGUCGCAAUAGUGAAGGAGGGAUGGCUGCACAAAAGGGGAGAGUACAUUAAAACAUGGAGGCCAAGGUACUUUCUGUUGAAGAAUGAUGGAACAUUUAUUGGCUAUAAAGAGCGACCUCAAGAUGUCGACCAGCGAGAAUCCCCCUUAAAUAAUUUUUCAGUGUGUCAGUGCCAGUUGAUGAAGACAGAGAGACCUAAACCAAACACAUUCAUCAUCAGAUGCCUCCAGUGGACCACAGUAAUUGAAAGAACAUUUCAUGUGGAGACUCCAGAGGAGCGGGAAGAAUGGACAAAAGCCAUCCAAACAGUAGCAGACAGCCUUAAGAAGCAAGAGGAAGAAAACAUGGAUUUUCGAUCUGGUUCCCCCAGCGAUAAUUCAGGUGCUGAAGAAAUGGAAAUUUCAAUGACAAAACCAAAACACAAAGUAACUAUGAAUGAAUUUGAAUAUCUUAAACUCCUGGGGAAAGGUACUUUUGGAAAGGUUAUACUGGUGAAAGAGAAAGCAACUGGACGCUAUUACGCCAUGAAAAUUUUGAAGAAGGAAGUAAUUGUCGCAAAGGAUGAAGUGGCACAUACUCUGACAGAAAACCGGGUUUUGCAGAAUUCUAGGCAUCCAUUUUUAACAGCGUUGAAAUAUUCCUUUCAGACGCAUGACCGUUUGUGUUUUGUUAUGGAAUAUGCUAAUGGAGGGGAGCUAUUUUUCCAUCUAUCACGAGAACGUGUUUUUUCUGAAGAUCGUGCUCGGUUCUACGGAGCUGAAAUUGUAUCAGCGUUGGACUACCUACAUUCGGAGAAAAAUGUGGUAUAUAGAGACUUAAAGUUGGAAAACUUGAUGCUGGAUAAAGAUGGACACAUAAAAAUAACAGACUUUGGGUUAUGUAAAGAAGGGAUCAAGGAUGGAGCAACAAUGAAGACUUUCUGUGGCACACCAGAAUACCUUGCCCCAGAGGUGCUGGAGGAUAAUGACUAUGGCCGUGCAGUGGAUUGGUGGGGCUUAGGAGUUGUCAUGUAUGAAAUGAUGUGUGGACGUCUUCCCUUCUAUAAUCAGGACCACGAGAAACUCUUUGAGCUCAUCCUAAUGGAAGAGAUUAGGUUUCCACGUACGUUGUCACCCGAAGCAAAGUCUCUUCUGUCAGGUUUGCUGAAGAAGGAUCCAAAGCAAAGGUUAGGUGGCGGACCAGAUGAUGCAAAGGAGAUUAUGCAGCACAAAUUUUUUGCUGGCAUUGUUUGGCAAGAUGUAUAUGAAAAAAAGCUGGUACCUCCAUUUAAACCCCAGGUGACAUCUGAAACAGAUACACGCUAUUUUGAUGAAGAAUUCACAGCACAGAUGAUCACUAUCACACCCCCUGAUCAAGAUGACAGCAUGGAUUGUGUUGAUAACGAACGGCGGCCACACUUCCCUCAGUUCUCUUACUCCGCCAGUGGAACAGCUUAAUGUUUCACUUGUCAAUAACUUCAACCAAUCAGACUGCAUUUUGGGGACCUUUAAUUUCAAUGGACAUUAGAGAACUCUCUACGAUACAUGAAUUACAAACUAUGUUUGUAUUACGGUUUAGUUGAAUUUGUAGGAAGCCUCACAGGCUAUGUAUUUAAAACAAUCCUGAUGAAUUUUUGAGUCAGAAUCUCUGCAAUUUUGAGAAGGAAGAUAAGAAACCAUUCUUAAUGCAUUAUAAAAAAAUAAAAAAAAAACUUUUUCUUCUGGAGAGAAAAAAGGACAUUUUAGGUUUUUAAGAAUGUGCACCAAAAGAUUUCUUUCAAAAAGCCUAAAGCUUUUGGCCGUUUAAAAAACAAUACAAAAACAGAACUGUUUUUUAUUUAUUUCAUACUGUUCAUUAUGUGUAAGUAGAAAAACUGCACUCUGAACAAUUAGA